AUGAGGAGGAAGAGGCUCCAAAAGAUGCGGCAGCUGGAGGACGGAGACGUGACCUUCUUCGAGGCGGUGCUGGUCUGGCUGGGCAAGGUCGGCAUAGUGGUGGAGGACGAUGAGGUCAACGGCCGCAUCCACCAGAACGUCCAAGGCAACGUCUCUCGUUUCCUGAAUCGAAUCCUGGGGCUCCGUAUCGUGCGGCAGCACGUGCUCUUCGACUACUUCCACAGCGUGCUCGAGUACCACGUGAAGGAGGCCAAGCGGGACGGGACUUACGAGGACGGCAUCCGGUCCCUCACGGGGGCAAGCUGCAGCGUCUCCGUCAUGCGCGCUCUCGACCUACCGGAGGAGACGGGUCUUGCGAAGGGAGAGGUGGAGGCGGUUAAGGUGACGAUCGACAAGUCCAUGACCUUCCAGCAAAUCCUGCCCAAGUACCACUUCGCGAAGGAGGAGACGGACCGGCGGAUCGAACUUGCCAAGAAGAUGCAAGCAGAGAGAGUAGCGGCGGGAAACAAGGUCAAUCAAAGACAGAUCUUCAGCAAGACAGGCUUCUGGACGAAGCGUUCCGGCACGGAGGUCUACUUGGUGGUAGACUACCCGGGGCGAGUAACCUCAGGGUACUCGACGUACGGGGUAAAAAGGCCGGUGACGGUGUGGUCUCCCUGCCGAGGGAGGGUCGAGAUCUCGUACAAGGCGUUCUUGAACCACCAUUUUCGUUUCCAGCACCGAGGCAGAGGCCUCCCACCUGUGGGACGUGGAGAUGAUCCGGGCUGUCUGCCUGCGACUGGCAUCACAAAGCCUGUUGUUGGCAUCAUUAAGGACAAGCAGGACACGGACGUUUUCGUGCUCCGCGGGUCUAGGCUGCUAAUGGCCUGGCCCCACCUCGACAAGGCCUUCAGCUUCCUCUACGGCGGGCCGUCGGCCGAGACAAAGAAGAAAGACAAGACGGUCAGGAGCCCUGUGGUUCACGUCAAGGCCGCAGCACCCUCGGACCCGCUGGAGGAGGCGUUUGCUGCCGCUGCUGCGGAGACCCUGAAGGAGUUCAACGCGUCCUGCUCGGAGGAGGACUGCGGGACGGCGUUGGUGUCCCAGGAAGACGCCGGAAAGUCGUUCAUCGCCCUCCAGCUGCCAACCACCCGCUCGAUCAACGAACACAUGGCCAACCAGAUCUUCGACGUCUUGGAGAGAGGGAGGCACUGCUGGCUCGAGGUGGUAGCUCAGGGGUACGCCAUCGGGGAAGGAUGGGCCCCUGACCUCGUCGAACGUGCGUUCACAAACGGAGACAGGGAGCGCCUCUUCCGUAUACGUACCGCUAUUCGCAGUCUGACCAUCAAGGUAUUCAACGUGACCAAGAACCCCUUGAUCCGCGAAGGGCUUGAUGGCCCAGAGACUGCGUGCGAUGAGGACGCUAUCAGGAGGCUGGCCCUCAACUUCCACCAGGACCCAACUAACAUGGAUGACUUCCGCAGCGUCAUCGACUACAUGGACCAUGAUGGCGGUGGCGGGGGGCACGGUGGAAUGAGGGCCAUGCUCGCGCUUUGCGAGGCUUUCGGCUUUGACUUGGCCAUGGGGCCAGAGAUGAGCGGGCUGGUAGAGUACGUCGAGGGAUCCACGGAGAAGUGUAUGGAGCUCCACUGCAAAGGGCACUGGAACCUGGUCGUACUCAACUAUGGUAAUGAGGACGAUGAAGCCACCACCAAAGUCGGGAGCGCGAGCGAUGUGCUGGACUUUAUCGAGGAGCGCGUCGACAGCUCCCUGGCGGAACUGGCUGCCACCCGCACGGGCGACGACGCCACUACUACGAGAGAUGGCGCAAAGCCCAAUGACAUCGACGUCGGUAGCGAGAGCGUCUUCUCUGACUCGACGACCGCGCCCCCCAGCCCCGCCUCACCACCGGCUCUUGUGACACACGCCCCCAUCCCGGAGCACAUCAUCGCCACCUGGAGCGACGCCGACAGCCCCGCCUCACCGCCGGCUGCCGCGACGACCGAUCCGAGCUCUGAGCAUCCGAGCCACAUCUUUUCACGGGCCUCCUGGGCGUCUCACCCAUGGGAUGACGAUGAGCACUGGGAUGACUACCAGAAGUACCUCGGUCACAACAGCUUCUUCGCAGAGGAGGACGAGGAGGUUUGCUUUCGCGAGACGCUGUGGAGGGAGUGGACGCGGGGUCCGGAGGAGGUUUGCGUCUUCCCAUCGGUGUGGUCCGAGUGGACAAGGAUGCACCCUCGGCAGCACGGGAGGGUGCGCGGCAGUGGCGGUCGGAGGAAACGAACGAGGAAGAACAAGAAGCACCGGUUCCCGCGUCGCCGCCAGGACAGACGCCGCCGCGCGGCCGUGCGGCGCAAGCGGCUGGCCAGGCGUGCACGCGUGGGUGGACGUCACCGCCGGCCGCGCACCUGCUUCCUCCGAGGGGGUGCUCGCCCGGAACAGGACGAACAGGUGACGGGGGAGGUCACGGAGCAAGAGACAGGACAGCGCCCGGAGGCCACCGUGGUGCCGAGCAGUCUAGCCGGGCCGCCGGUGUCCCUGGAGGUCGUGGUGGCGGCAAACGCAAAGCCGCCGGUGUCUCUGCCGGUGGCGGUAAACGGAACUCCGGUAGCGGUGCCACUAAGCCAAAGGCCGCCGCUGUCCCUGGUGAUGGCGGUGGUAUCGAGCCCAAGAAUCCCGGUGUCGCUGUAG